AAUUUCCAAGAGACUCUCAUCUCACUUCCCUGCUCCUGGGAGUAAAGGAAAGACAAACAGAUAAGAUGCUGGAAGCUUGAAAACUCAGAGAAGCCAUGCAGCUAAUCUCAACCACUUCUCUCUCAUCGUUUCCAUGCAGAACUCCAUCACUGGAACCGACACUUAGGUCCUUCUGUUUCCAGAAGAAACAAACCCUGCUAUGCUGCUUCACUCGCAAUCACAGUGAUGACAAGUUAUGGACGAGUAGAGAAUUCUCCGGAUACACACUGUUUUCCGCAGAGAAUUUGAGGAGGAGGUACGUCCUGUUCUUUUUAGUCUCCUCAGGCUUGUUUCCUACAUCUGCAUCUGGAAAGACGAAGAGUAAGAGCGGGUAUGAUGAAAAGCGCUUGCUUGAACAGAACAGGCGGAUGCAAGAAGCCAAUAAUGUUCCUCCGGACUUCCCAAAUUUUGUUAGAGAAGGUUUCCAGGUAAAGGUUGUGGCAUCUGACAACUACGUAAAGUGUGACUCGGGACUUAUAUACUCGGAUAUUGAAGUUGGUAAAGGUGAUUGCCCAAAGGCUGGUCAACAGGUGACUUUUCACUAUGUUGGCUAUAAUGAAUCAGGUCGUCGUAUUGAUAGCACAUAUUUUCGUGGUUCUCCUGCAAAGAUCCGGAUGGGCACCAAUGCAUUGGUUCCAGGAUUUGAGGAAGGAAUUAAAGAGAUGAAACCUGGGGGGAAGAGAAGAAUAAUCAUUCCUCCAGAACUUGGACCACCAGUGGGCCCAUCUACAUUUUUCAGUUCAAAACAAUUUGAGGUUUUCGAUGUGGAAUUACUUGAUGUUCAAGAUUGUCAGAGGAGGACGAUAGGUUUUUAUUCUGAUGUCGUCUGCAACUAAGUUCUGUUGCAUGUUCUUUAUCUUCAUCUCCAUACAAAGACCUAUAUACAGAUUUUGAAUCGAGUUUCAAGAGAGCAGAUUUCAUUUC